AUGGAGAUUCAAGACAGUGGAUCCAGUGAACUAAACAAAUCAUUUAUGUAUACGCAAUUACUUAAAGAAAUUCUACUCGAUAUGAAACGUGAUUAUAAACGGAAGAAUGCACUGGUUAAAUUCUGUCGUAUUAAAUAUGCUGAUAAUGAAUGUCAACUGGGACUCAUCGAUGACUUUAAAUUAGAGUGCAAUGAUCAAAUAGUUGUUGAAUGGUAUACGAAAGAGUCUUUUCUAUUUUCGAUGAUGAAUCGUGCUCUAAGAUCACAAGAUAUUGAAACUAUUAUGAAAAUGGGAUUUAUUAUUUGCGAUUUUCAUCAACAAAUUUCAAAAAAUGUAUAA